AUGGCUUCCGCAUUUAUAUUGACCGUCUCUGACUGUAUCAAGUACAUGAUAGUUUCGUCUCUUAACACCGAGGCGUUUUCCUUGCGAAUACACGUACUCAAAAUGAAAUCAGGAUUUCUUUCAAGUAAUGGCACUGAACAAUCCGACAAGUUUGUUUGUGAACACACUGUAUCAAUGGGUCUUAAAAUGGUGCCCUUCGCUCCUUCUGUGAUGUUUCGAGUCGUGUCAAUUCUCUUGUGUAUCAUCAAUGGUCUACUUUGUCCUAUCACAGUCACCGGAAACCUCUUGGUCUUCGCAGCUGUACUUAGGAAAACGGACCUUAGAACUGUAGCAAACACAUCGAUAUUGUGUUUAGCUUUCACAGAUUUGCUUGUGGGAUUAUUCGUUCAACCUUGCUACCUUGUAUAUCAAGCAAGCAAGCUCGCUGCAGGACCACACGACUUCCCAUGCGUCCAGCUACUAAUCUACUCGUUUUUAGGGGUAAUAUGCAUAUGUAUGUCGUUCCUAACGCUUAUAUUGAUUUCACUGGAAAGAUAUAUGGCGGUGUUUCAUCCAUAUCGUUACAUUGAGAAGGUCAAUACCAAACGAGUUAUCGCACUGGCUGUCACUUCGUGGUGUGUAUCAAUUACAGUAUUACUGGUCGUGCGCUUUUUAUUCGGCAUAAACAGCAAUCAAGAGACGGGAGUUAUAUCGUUGAUAAUAGUUACCAACUUUGUAGUAACGUCUUUUGUGUACUUCAGGAUAUUUAGACUUGUUAAACGAUGUAACGCACAGGUGAACGUCCAAAUGUCACAGAUGCAGUCGAAUUCGAACGAAGCAAAAGCCUCAAAAACUGUGGCCUUUAUCGCUGGAACGUUGUUUCUUUGCUUUGCGCCGACUCUAUGUGCUACUAUAGUGGAUCAAGCAGGUGUCGCCAGGAAAGAUCUUUUAUAUCACGUGAUUUAUCCAAUUGCUGAGACUGUAGUUCUACUGAACAGCUGUAUCAAUCCGGGAAUUUAUGUUUGGAGAUGUCAGGGAAUCAGACAAAGUCUCUUUGAACUAACACAAACUUGUAAGCGGUAA